GACUGCGGGAAAGGUUUUAGCAGGAGAAGUCAUUUUAUCCAGCAUCAACAGAUCCAUACUGGUGAGAAACCCUUUAAAUGUUCUGAGUGUGGGAAGGGGUUUUACCAUAGUUCCAAUUUAUCAAAGCAUCACCGCAUCCACACGGGAGAGAAACCCUAUAAAUGUUUGGAGUGUGGGAAAGAGUUUACCCAUAGUUCCAGUUUAUCAGAGCAUCAUCGCAUCCAUAGAGGAGAGAAACCCUAUAAGUGUCUGGAGUGUGGGAAGGAGUUUAACCAGAGUUCCAGUUUAUCAAAGCAUCACCGCAUCCACACGGGAGAGAAGCCCUAUAAAUGUUUGGAGUGUGGGAAGGAGUUUACCCAGAGUUCCCAUUUAUCAGAACAUCACCGCAUCCACACGGGAGAGAAACCCUAUAAGUGUCUGGAGUGGGGGAAGGAGUUUACCUGGAAUUCCAGUUUAUCAGAGCAUCACCGCAUUCAUACAGGAGAGAAACCCUAUAAAUGUUUGGAGUGUGGGAAGGAGUUUACCCACAGUUCUGCAUUGUCACAGCAUCACCGCAUCCAUACAGGAGAGAACGUGUAUCCCUGCACUCACUGCUCCUACAGUUUUAGCAGGAGAAGUAAUUUUAUCCAGCAUCAACGUAUCCAUACUGGUGAGAAACCCUUUAAAUGUUCUGAGUGUGGGAAGGAGUUUUCCCAGAGUUCCCAUUUAUCACAGCAUCACCGCAUCCAUACAGGAGAGAAACCCUAUAAAUGUUUGGAGUGUGGGAAGGAGUUUACCCAGAGUUCCCAUUUAUCAAACCAUCACCGCAUCCAUACAGGAGAGAAACCCUAUAAGUGUCUGGAGUGUGGGAAGGAGUUUACCCGGAAUUCCAGUUUAUCACAGCAUCACCGUAUUCAUACAGGAGAGAAACCCUUUAAAUGUUCUGAGUGUGGGAAGGAGUUUUCCCAGAGUUCCAAUUUAUCACAGCAUCACCGCAUCCACACGCGAGAGAGACCCUAUAAGUGUCUGGAGUGUGGGAAGGGGUUUACCCAGAGUUCCAGUUUAUCAAAGCAUCACCGCAUCCAUACAGGAGAGAAACCCUAUAAAUGUUUGGAGUGUGGGAAGGAGUUUACCCACAGUUCUGCAUUGUCACAGCAUACAGGAGAGAAGUUGUAUCCCUGCACUCACUGUGGGAAAGCCUUCAACAACAGCACCUCCUGGAUUCGUCACCAACAUGUCCACACUGGGGAAAAGCCCUACACGUGUCCCCAGUGUGGGAAGGGCUUCAGGGGAAGCUCCCACUUGUUGAGACAUCAGCGACUCCAUAGGGGUGAAAGACCCUAAAGCUGCUCCCAGUGUGAGAAGAGUUUUUACCAGAGCUGCGAUCUCAUCUCUCACCACCAA